AUGGUAACUAAUAUUAAAACAAUAAGUAAUUAAUACCAUAGUUUUUCUAUGUGCUAAAUUAUGCGAUACAAUUGUAAACUGCCUGUAAACAUUUUUUUUGCUUUUUAGUCAUGCCUAUCUAUACCUCGGUCCAAUAAAAGACGCAACACGGCAAAUGCUAAAAGAGUACGCUUAGCGCGUAGUAAUGAAACUUCCGGUGAUCGAGACUACGGACUUUCUCAAAAAGAGAUUGUCGAAAGAAAUCGUAUGCCGAUUUUCAAAGUCCAAUGCCAGGUACGUCAUCAAAGUAUAUCAUUAUAUUUGUACAUUAGGGGGCGCGGGCAGUGCACGACAAACGAAAAUUAAAGAGUGAUGAACCCGAUUUUAAUGACGUGUGUGGUUCUUCAAACGCAAGAAAGAGACAAGGGCCCGACGAUGGAGAUUUCGUGACAGCUGAGCCAAUGAUAAUUUCGAUGCGAUUCCCGUUGUCGGUGACCGCUACCGUGAAAUCCGGUGGGCCGCUGUUGACUAUACUGCCGCGAAGCGGCGUGCGUUUAAACAUUUUAAUGCCGGGGACAAUAACGCGCGUGGACGAAAUAUUGAAAACGCUGCCGAUCGUAAACGCGUAA